UGGGGAAUAGUCUGAAUUAAACGCAUUUCCUUUUCUUCACAGGAAGUUUGUUGUGUCCCUGUCCAAUCGGAAAACCGCUCGUCGAACUCAUACGAUGUCGCGUUGCGUCUUCUGACACUAUCUAAUACCUAUUGCCGGGAAACACAUAGCGUUGGUCGAAUUGGAGCUCCGAAUUUCGAUCCGGGCCGUUCAAAUUGGCAUGGGAACGAGGACUUUGCUGAUUGUGGGAGUUUUCAUAUCUUUGUUUGCGUUUUCUUCUUGCAGAGAAUUGAACGUGAAGGUGAAGAACAAGCACAAACAGCAACAUCAGUUUGCUUCUUACAAUCACACGCUUGCGAGAAUUUUGGUGCAAUAUGCCUCAGCUGUAUAUAUAUCUGACUUGACUGAGUUGUUUACUUGGACCUGCUCAAGAUGUGGGGGUCUAACUGAGGGUUUUGAAAUUAUAGAGCUGAUUGUCGAUGUGCAACACUGCCUACAGGCAUUUGUGGGGGUAGCAGCAGAUCUUAAUGCCAUUGUGAUUGCAUUCAGAGGAACUCAAGAAACCAGUAUACAGAACUGGGUGGAAGAUUUGUACUGGAAGCAGCUUGAUUCUGAUUACCCUGGAGUUGAUGAUGCAAAGGUGCAUCAUGGUUUUUAUUCUGCUUACCACAACACAUCAUUGAAACCUGGAAUUCUAAAUGCUGUUCAAGAAGCAAAGGAGUUAUAUGGAGACAUUCAGAUUAUGGUAACUGGGCACUCGAUGGGAGGCGCAAUGGCUGCUUUUUGUGGGCUUGAUCUCCGUCUCAGCCUUGGGGAGCAGAAUGUUCAGGUUUUGACUUUUGGACAACCAAGGAUUGGCAACGCUGCUUUUGCUUCCUACUACAGCCAAGUGGUGCCAAAUACCAUUCGGGUCACAAAUGGACAUGAUGUUGUACCUCAUUUGCCCCCUUACUACUAUUAUUUUCCUCAGAAGACAUAUCAUCACUUCCCUAGAGAGGUCUGGCUUUACAAUAUUGGAUUUGGAAGUUUGAUUUAUACAGUUGAGAAGGUUUGUGAUGGUUCAGGUGAAGAUCCCACUUGUAGCAGAUCUGUGAGCGGGAACAGUAUCUCCGAUCACUUGACAUACUAUGGUGUCCAUAUGGGAUGUGAUGCAUCAAGUGGAUGCAAAAUCAUAAUGGAUCCUCGCGUUGUUGGUUAUGGGAAAACUGAUCAAGAGGGCAACUUAAUCUUAUCCAGGGAUCCCUCAAGGUCUAUUUUGAAACUUAAAACCGAUGAAAGCAGCUCUUCGUAAUGUUAAUCUGGAGAAACUGCGCCAAGUUUUGGAGAAAAAUGAAGAGAAAACUGAGCAGAUGAGCAAAUUUGGCUUGGAUGCUUUGCCUCAAGAUGGCCUUGUUUGGGAAGAGCAUGUGUAUAUAUGAUUUGUGAAUAUCUAUGUAGACUGUCUGUAUUUAAUUGGAAUUCAUGUGUAUAUAUGAUUUGUGAAUAACUGUACCUGGUGUAAUGUAAAUAGAUUUAUUGUUCUUUA